AUGCAAUUUGUGAAAGUGUUUGACAACCACAAGAAAGCUAUUGUUAAGUUGGUUGUGAAUGAAAAUAACAAAAUUAGUUACAAGUAUUUUCGUGGAACAUUCCCCGAUGCUGUUGGAUUAAUGGAGAUGAAUGAAAGUCGUUGUUUUAGUAUACCAUUUGAUGAAGAUGACAAUUUUGUUUGGAAUUGGAAUGAUAAUAUUGUUUAUGAUCUCAUUUAUUCUGAUCGUAUAAGAAAACAACUUAAAAAAUUACAUCACCUAUAUGCUCUCUUUGUUUUUAGCACGUAA